CAAAUCUUGUUCCGACCUUCUCAGAUUCACUCGUUUUAUUAUUCCUUUCGACUGUCAACCAUGAUGAUUGGCGGCGCACCAAAGCGCGGGCGGCCGAGCCACGCGUCGCUCGUUGCGCAGGCAGCAAUCCAGGCCAGCAACGCAGCCCACCAGCAGCAGCAGAACUCUGCUCGACUCAGUACCCUCAUCCACGAGCAGGCCGAGCGGGCGCGCGCCAACAUGCACGAGUACCAGCAGCAGCAGCUGGCCUCCCGCUCGCACGCCGCCUCGCUGUUCGGCUCGUUGCACGGGCCUGCCAGCAGCAGCAGCAGCAGCAACAUCAACAACAGCACGAGCAGCGGCUUGCAAGCGGACGGCUCGCUCUCGGCGGUCGCUCCCGACGGAACGCGGCUCGUCCGAACCUGGGUGAAAAAGUGGGUCGAUGUUGCGCACUUCCGGACGUACAAAUGGGUGCCGGAACUGCACCCUGAUCGGCGUGAUCGAAAACGCGCAAUUCCGGCCGUUGCCCGACCGGUCACCAAGAUGGCGCGCCAGGAAGAGCCAAACGACGCUGACGAUAACCAAGAGACGGAUUCGGGCGCGCCGAUUCUUGACGAGGCACAAGCGAUCGCGAGUCAGGCCUCCGAGGCGCGGCAGACCCAGCAGUCGAUUGCUACUUCCAUCGCUCAAGAGGCUGCGGGCAUCAUCCACGCGCGCGGACUGAAGCGAGAACUCAACGAUGAAGAUUCAAGCGACGCGGAAUCUGAUCCGAAAGAUGAGUCUGCCGUCUAACGCCCUGCCCGCUAUUCGUAGCUGUGCAGUUGGCUUUCGAUUUCGCUUGUUUUAUUAUUUUGUUUUCGAUUUUUUUUUUUCCGUUUGGGUGGUUUGAUUUGUUUGAUUUGUUCAUGGGAUCUCGUUGAUGUCAAUCUGAAACUGAUGUUGCACUGGACGUUAUGUAUGUUGUUGAACUGUAUUUCAUUCAAAGAGCCGAAGUCGUUGCUGCUUUUCACACAACAAUCCACUGCAUGUCUAUUUCUUC